CCUGGAAAGACGAGCGCUGGGUCAACAAGGAAAACUAGGAAAGGAAACAUUGUAAACCGAAAAAACUCAGUGCCCAGACCCUAGACUGGUAAAGAGUACACACUGAUAGACUGCCAGGUCGUGCAUUUAGAGGGCAGCUCGUGACAUAUUGUGGAUUGUUUGUUGAAUAUAUCCCUGAAAAUAUCAUACAUCAUGCAGGAUACCAAACAAGUGCUCCAGAUCUUUCGUUGCGCUGUGUGACUCAAGGCUUCAGUUUGAAUUGCUGAGGACAUUAACUGUUUAACCAGUGCAGGAGUUAGGCUGCAGAAGAUCUUCUGAAAAGGCUAUUUCAAGGGUUAGACCUCUGGGGAUUCCAAGAACGCACUUAGGCUCGUAAAGGUGAGUUAUAGCCCCAUUUCAAAAGCCGAUUUUAUAAAAAUAAUUAUAGGCCUAGAUGUGAGCCUACAACUUUAUUCUAAGACAUACUGUAUUUUCCAUUAAGAUUUGACAAACGACCAUAAUAGUUAAUGUAGUGAGUGGAAUUAUUUGGACACAUGUAGGACGCAUAGGCUAUUCAACACAGCAAAUUAUUCAAAUCAUGGAGUGAUGCUAACACAGGUUAAUUUAUAGGGCUAGGCGUCAGAGUGUCUGGCUUUUGGAAAUGGAAAUUCUUUAAAUCAUUUUUAUAGAACUGAUUAGGCUCCUAUCAAUUUCUAUGUGUGAGCUUUAGUUGAUUUUUUAAGACUUUGGAUGGGAUACAUACUAGGUGUCUAAAACAGAUUGAGAACCAUCGGAUGCCCAAAUCCUCCGGUGUACCAUCGCCUUCAGGCCCAAUGAUUAUUCCGACCAGUGCCCCCGACAAAUCCCUCAAUGCAGUCCGGCUAAAGGACAGCGAGCUGGAGCCACGUCGAAUUGAGUCAAGAGAGGAUGCCGCACGGUUGCAAAGAGCCAUGUCUCACCUUCAGGAGUCAGGCUGGUACUGGGGCCCCCUGACAGCUGCUCAGGCUAAGCAGGUUCUGAUUGAUGCUCCAGAGGGGACUUUCCUUUUGCGGGACAGCUCCUACCAGGGCUACCUCCUCACCCUGUCUGUGAAGACCAGCCUUGGCCCCACACACCUCCGUAUAGAGCACGCCACUAGCAUGUUUGGCUUCGACUCUGUAAUUGUGGCACGGCCACGACUGCGGAGGUUUGAGGGUGCUGUAGAUCUGGUGCAGCACUAUGCCCUGACUUACAAGCAUCUGGCCACUCAAAAUGACACAGGGGGGGGUAACCCUUCGGCCCCUACAGAGAAAACUCUGCAGCUCAAACUCACCCGGCCCCUCCAUAAAGUCUCCCCUAGUCUCCAGCACCUUUGCCGCAUCACUAUCAACCAGCAUUCUCGCUGUCACCAGGACUUACCCUUGCCUAGGCGGCUACAGGACUUUUUGCUGGAAUACCCUUUUGUGUUGUAGGAAAUGUUAAUCUGAUUUUUUGAUACUCCUGAAUUGUACUGUUAAAUCUGACAAUUUCGAUCAAUGUCCUAAUAUAGUGCUGAAAAUGGGCUUCCCCCCCACCUCAUCAGCUGUAUACAAGCUGGUUCCUAGAUUACAAUUUAGCAGACUUCUUUACAGAUAUCAGUGGCAAAGGUACCUACUUGGGGUAUAUUAUUAUUUCCUGAAAUAUCACCACCUUCGGUUAGUUAAACUAAAUCAACAAUUGAGAGUACUGAAAUGGAAUGCUGAAAAAAUAACAUACAAAAUAAAAUAGAUAAGAGCUGUUAUUGUUAUAUAAACGGUAUUGAAGAAAGAUUAUUGCAUUAGAAAUGGACCACAUUCAUUAAAAACACAAUACACUAUUUCACCUCAUACCAUGGCUUUUAUUGUGGGGGAUUUUUGAUUAAUAUGAAUCAUGAAGAUUACCGAACCAUAGUCUUGCUGCAAAGGUGGCUGAUCUGAGUGUCCUAUCCAUUCCUAUUUUUUCUGAAUCCUGGAGUGUAACUUGGUCAUUAUCAAGGUUGUGUAGUUUCAGCUGAUCUCACUAACUUUUUGUUUUUUUAAAGACUGUCAUUGUGGUACUCAAUUUCAGGUCCAACUUAGGUUUCCUUAUAGAUCUUUGAGAUGCUGAAAUAACCAUCUCUUGAACUGAGGAAUAACACAAUAAAAAACAGCAAAAUCCUGCUUGUGAAGCUUCCUCAUAUCCUUCAACACUGCCUUAUGUAUAAAUGAGAGUGUGCUUUCUAUCAUGGUUUAUUUGCGACCAUUUUGCAGAGCUAUUUGGAUUUGACAUUGAUAUGUUUUCAUGUGUGACAGUAGCCAAAUUAACUCCAUUAAUAUUGUUGUUCUUUUUUAUGAUGAUCACUGAUCUAUGUCUCAAAGUCGGGGGAAUUGGCCAAUUGAAACAAUAUAAGAAUGCAAUGCGAGAGAGUGUGGCAUGUUUUUUCUUUUUUUGUGGUUAUACUUUGGUUAAGUUGUUUAACAGGGAGCAUUAAAAUCUUGUAUUGGUAAAAAAAAAAAUCA